AUGAAAUUGUUUAAAUUUUUAUGUUUAACACUUUUUUCGAUCAUAUAUAGAAAAACGUUAUUUUGUUCUUCCAUAAAUAUUAAUAGUUACUAUAAUAGGAAAAAUAAAACAACAAAAAAUAUAUCCCUUAAAAAUAAGUUUAAUAAAAAAGGGAAAUUUUCAAAAAAGGGAAUGUUAUUUAUUCCAAAAUACCUGCAUUGCAAGAAUAAUUUUAUUAAAAACAAAUAUAUAAUAAUUAAAAAGGCAUUUCAUUCAAAUAUGGAGGCAAACAGCAAUUUACCAAAAUGGACUAUGCCAUCCAAGGAAAAUAAAACAAUUACCAAUUUGAUGGUGAAUAAUUCAUUGACUCAUAGCAAAGUCGAAUUUGUUCCACAAGAAGGGAACACCAUAAAAUGGUAUGCAUGUGGACCAACCGUUUAUGAUGCAGCUCAUCUUGGGCAUGCAAGGACAUAUGUGAGUUUUGAUAUAAUUAGAAGAAUACUGACAAACUAUUUUAAGUAUGAUGUAUUUAUGGUGAUAAAUAUAACAGAUAUUGAUGAUAAGAUAAUAAAAAGGAGUGAAGAAGAAAAAGUAAAUUUUACUGAAUUAGCUAGAAAAUGGGAAUAUGAAUUUUGGGAAGAUAUGAAAAGUUUGAAUGUUCUAUUACCAUCAUCAAUAACUAGAGUUAGCGAAUAUGUAAAUGAAAUAAUAAAAUUUAUAGAAAAAAUAAUUGAAAAUAAAUAUGCAUAUGUAAGUAGUGAAGGUAGUGUAUAUUUUGAUAUAGAUGCAUUUAAAAAAAAUCCUAAUCAUUUUUAUGCACGUAUGGAACCAAUGUCUGUUAAAGACGAAACAAAAAUAUUAGAAGGAGAAGGAGAUUUGGGUGUUAUAUCAAAAAAUAAAAAAAAUUCUUAUGAUUUUGCUUUAUGGAAAUCAUCAAAACCUAACGAGCCAUCUUGGGACUCACCAUGGGGUAAAGGUAGACCAGGUUGGCAUAUUGAAUGUUCAACUAUGGCUAGUAAUAUAUUAGGAAAUGUAUUAGAUAUUCAUAGUGGGGGUAUAGAUUUAAGAUUUCCACAUCAUGAUAAUGAAUUAGCACAAAGUGAAGCUUUCUUUGAUCAUAGUCAAUGGGUAAAUUAUUUUUUACAUUCUGGUCAUUUGCAUAUUGAAGGAUUGAAAAUGUCCAAAUCUUUGAAAAAUUUUAUAACAAUAAAAAGUAUGUUAAAAAAAUAUACAGCUAAUCAGAUACGUAUAUUAUUUCUUCUUAAUAAAUGGGAUAGUUUUAUGAAUUAUAGUCCAAAUGGAGAAGGAAUGACACAAUGUAUAGAAAUUGAUAAAUUUUUUACAAAUUUUUUUGCAUUAAUUAAUAUGAAAAUAAAAAAUUUUGAUCUAAAUAAUUGUGAUCUUUAUUGGAAUGAUACAGAUAAUAAAUUAAAUAACAUAUUUAGACAAACUAAAACUAAUAUUCAUAAUUUUUUUCUUGAUAAUUUUAAUACCCCAGAAGCUUUAGUAGCUAUUCAAAAAUUAAUUACUGAGAUCAAUAUUUAUUUACAAAAUGGAAAAAUACAAAUAGGAUUAUUAUUAGAGUUGAAACAAUAUAUAAAUUUUAUUAUGACAACAUUGGGUUUAUUUUAUGAUGAAGCACAAAAAACUAAAUCAAAUAAUUUCGAUAAUCUUUUACAUGUUCUUGGUUCAUAUAGAAGUAAUAUAAGAGCAAUUUUACAGAAAAAUGCAAAAUUAAUUAGGAAGAUAUCUAAAGAUAUUAAAACUGAUACAUCAGAUACAGCUACCCUUGACAAUAAUAACAAAUAUAACGAAUUUAUAAAAGGAAUUAAAACAAAUAAUGAAGAAUUAUUAAAAGAAUGUGAUAUAUUGAGGGAUCAACACCUUCUCAAUAUGGGCAUAUUAAUUGAUGAUCGUCCAAAUAACGAAUUUGUUGUUAAAGUGUUAGAUGCAAAUCAAUUACAACAAGAGAAGGAAAAGAGAGAAUGUGAUUUAAACAAGAAAAAAGAUUCAGAUUAA